AUGGAGAAGGAAGCGUUGGAUGUCUUAAAAAUAAUUUUGAAAAGCCGUCGCAAUAGUGGGCGGGGACGAUAUGGUGUAACAAGAGGAGGAUGGCGUUCAAAUUUAAAUAAUACGCCAAAUCGCCAAAAUCCUCAGCAAACAUACGGGCCACCGGCUACGUAUGGUCCACCGGCUCCGUAUGGCACACCGGCUACUUACGGGCCACCGGCUACUUACGGGCCACCGGCUACUUACGGGCCACCGGCUACUUACGGGCCACCGGCUACUUACGGGCCACCGGCUAUUUAUGGGCCGCCGGCUACUUACGGGCCACCGGCAACAUACGGCCCGCCGCCAACAUACGGCCCGCCGCCAACAUACGGUCAGCCGUAUUACAAUGGUGUGCAGUAUUAUGGGCCACCCAUUCAAGAAGGCCAGCUGUAUUGGUCACCACCACCACCCACGACUACACCACCAACAGCAACAACUCCACCUACAGCUAUACCACCUACAACUACACCACCUACCGCUAUACCACCACCGCCCACAACAGCAACAACCCUAACACCACCUACGGCUGUUCCACCAACAACAACCCCAAUACCACCACCACCCACGCUUGCACCGCCAAUUGCAACCCCAACACCACCACCUGUACCAGAAACUCCACCACCAACACCUCCACAAAACAAUUAA